CUGACAGGGGGUGGGACUGGGGCUGGCUGCUCUUUGCCGCAAGAAGGGGGGAAAUGUGGCUGUGAGUGCGGGUGCGUGGUGGUGACACAUGAUGAGAUGAGAUGAGACCCCUCAGACUGCAAGGAGCUGGCAGCCUCGGCACCACGGCGGCCGCAGCGAGCUCCACGCCUCUGAUCCUCCUCCCUUUCCUCUAUGUCUAGGACUCCGCGUUGUGCCAAGGGGGGGAUUUGUGCAUCGGCAGGCCGGAUCCAGAAGGCAGCACCGCGUUCCUGCCAAGACUAGAUGAUUGGGAAACCAGAUGUCUCUGUGUUCAACACCGUUCCAGAUGGGCCGUGGCUCCUGGCAAACAAGGGAGCUGCAACUGGGACUGGAGCUGAGUGGGAGCCCGGUCAUUUGUGUCUGCAACUGGACCUGGAGAGGGAAUCGAUGGAAAACCCAGCUCAGAAGGGCCUCGCUGUACAGGAACGUGCACACCCCGAAAAAGUCAAGUGUUUUACACUCUGUCAUUACAUUGGAAAUGGCUUGUAAUGGUGUCAGAGAUCGGUGCAAAUGACAGGACCCGGGAGCACGCUGUGAUUACAGGGGACACUUGGGAGCAGAGCAGCUGCCGUGUCGGAGCCGACCUUUAGACCUAAGCUGGCUCUGCAAACAGCAUCGCCCAUCACUUUGAUUGGAAUAAGCAUCUGCUCCUCUUAUCCGUAGGACCAGGGAGGUGCUUGGCACAGCUGGUGCAUCUGUUGGCUGUGCUUCUGACAGCCCCUGCCACGUGCCACUGAUUCACGCCCUGACUUCGCCUCUUGGUUGCCAUGGCCAAAUUAGAGACCCUGUCAGUUCUUAGUGACCCAAGCUACCAGAGCCAGGAGACUUUCCACUCUUUUGCCUCUAGGUCCUCUGAAACCUCCUCCCAGAGCACUAUGGGAAGCGUUGGCAGCGGCGUCGCCAACGAGCAGGAGUUUGCCAUGAAAAGCGUGGGGACCAGGACUCAGAGCAGCAGCAGGCAGGCAGACGGCUCUCGAAAUGGCUAUUCCACGCGGGAGAUCUCCAACCGUUACUCCGGGGAGGAGAAGACGUACAAGACCGAGAAGAUCUCCAACUCCCUCUACAUCAACGGGGACUUACGCAAGAGUGAGAAGCUGAAGACGGACAUUUGUGGGAAUGUGACCACCAAUAACGAGAAGAACAUGCCGCCUCCUCCCCAGUACAGAGAACCCAGUAAUCCACCAAAGAUAUUGCCGAUCUCUGGGAAAUUGGACCAGAGCAAUGAGCCCUUAGUUAGACCUUCAGCCUUUAAACCAGUAGUUCCUAAAAACUUCCAUUCCAUGCAGAACCUCUGCCCGCCGCAGAACAACGGCGUGGCAGAGAACAGGAAGAGCCUGAAUCACACCAACAGCAAUAGCCCAUCCGCAGUCAAAAGCGGGCUUGACAAGACCAGCCUGAAUAGGACUACAAACCAAGUGGGAGGGCUUUCUGAUUCUGGCCGUAACUCUCUGACCAGCUUGCCCACUUACGGGACAGGCUACAGCCAACAUGUUGGUCCCAUGAGCGCUUCAACAAGUCACAUCAACCGCAUUGGCACAACCUAUGUGGAUAAGAACAUUGUGGGAUAUAAUGGGAUAUCUACCUCAGACAGCGGCCGGUCUUCAAGCAAGAGCACUUCUUCCUUCAAUAGACUCAACCAUCUUAAUGAAACGAUGCCUUUCCAUUCGCCCUCGACAGACGACAUUAUCCAAGACCUGGAAGACAGGCUCUGGGAGAAGGAACAGGAGGUCCUCCAGAUGAGAAGAAACCUAGACAAAAGUGAGGCUGCUAUCCUCCAGGUUUUCGAGGAGAAGCAAAAGAUUUGGGAGCGUGAGAUGGAGGACCUCAGGCAAAAUUAUGCAAACAAACUGCAGCAGGUCUCCAAGAAGGCCCAAAGGGCUCAGCAAGCCUUGCAACUCCAAAUUUUCAAGCUCCAGCAGGAGAAGAAGAAGCUCCAAGAUGAUGUGGCGCAGCUUCUCCAGCAGCGAGAAGAGCUGGAGAAAAAAUUUGUGGCGUUCAAGAAAGAGCAGGCCGAGUUUCUUCCCAAGAUUGAAGAAACCAAGUGGGAGGUGUGCCAGAAGGCUGGUGAGAUAUCCCUGCUGAAGCAGCAGCUGAAGGACUCCCAAGCGGACGUGUCCCAGAAGCUGAACGAGAUCGUGGGACUGCGGACGCAGCUCAAGGAAGGGAAGAACUUCCUGCGGGAGAAGGAAGAGCAGAUCCUCACCCUGAAGGACUCCUACAGCUCCAAGAGCGUCAACCUGGAGAUCUGCGAGAACGAGCUCCAGAGGAAGAUGAACGAGGUGCAGAUGCUAAGGGAAAAGCUGAACCACUGUGAACUCGAGGUCUCCGGCCUCAAGCAGACGCUGGCCACCAUGGGCCACCCGGGGCCUUUCCCCCCCGAACUCAGUGAGAAGCUCCAGGACCCGCUGGCGUGCGAGAGCGACGAGGUCAAGAUGAAACGCCAGAACGAGGACAGCAUCAACACCCUGAAGAAGGAGGUCGAGCGGCUGCAGGCAGAGCUGAAGCUGGAGCGCCAGCAGCGAGGGCAGCAGGUGAUGGACUUUGAGGAGGAGCGACGCACCUGGCAGGAGGAGAAGGAAAAGGUGAUCAAGUACCAGAAGCAGCUGCAGCUCAACUACGUGGAGAUGUACCAGAAAAACCAGAUCCUGGAGCACAAGGUGAAUGAAAUGACCAGCAAGACGACCAGCUCGCCUCACAGCGAGGAGAAAAAACCCUGGACUCCCUCCCGGCUGGAGCGAAUAGAGUCCACUGAGAUCUGACGAGGCACCCGGACCAUCACGACCAUGCAUGUGCAACCUACUCCAGCCAGCAGUCGUCCGAAGGAUGACGUGCUCUGAGAGGUGUGAGCUUGCUUGCGACCAACCCCUCCACCCUGACUCGGUUCUUCAGUGCUCCUUAGGUAACAGACCUGUGGGUGUAUGUUGUUAUACUCUGACACGCAUCUGUUUUUUCUAGUACAGCUUUUUCAGCCCUUUUGGAAUAUGCCGUGACUGUUACUUAUUCACUUGCUGCCAUCCUCUUUCCCCCGCCGCUCACGCCCCUUGUUUUUUGGAGGGGGGAAAAAUUUGGGGGGGUUUUCAUUUCUUGGUUACAUUUCUUCCUCCUUUUUUUGAUAAGUCUUUUCAGUAAAAUUAGUUUCAAGCUGACAGGUUUUCUGUUCUUUGGGUCAUUUUUUUUAGCCACAUUGGCUAACGGAGCAAAGCUCUGGGGAUCGCAAGAAAUUUUAUAUCCUGUCUUGCUGAUAGCCAAAUCCUGGUCCCAAUGAAGUCAAUAGGAGUCAUGCCCAUUGACUUCAGUGAAACCAGACUGCUGACUGAGAUCAGAAAAGCAUCUCUAGCAUUGCCAGAGCCCAUGAUGUCACUUGGGGGUUGGCAUGAGCCAGCUGAGGUCAAGUGAGCCAGCGUGCCCUGGCAUCCCAAGUGAGCUGAGAAGCUCUUUGGAAGUUCAGCAGUUUGACAUAUGCUGCAUUUUCGUAUCCGGCUCCUCCCCAUUCCUUGGUGACAGCCAGGGCUUUGGUGAUGGCCAGGUUGUAGCAAAAAAAGCACUCUGAUCCUAUUCUUCCUGUGCUCCUGACCUAGAAACUCGAGGGAGCACCAGAAAUUCAAGCAACUUGCACUUGAUUCCCAGAGAAACAAGGACUUCAGCGAAACAGCCCAACUCCUUGGAUCUUUAUCCAGGCUGAAGCUUUAAGAGUCUGCCCGUUGCAAGGUAGCAGGUGAUGUAGGAAUGAUGCCAAGUGCCCUUCCUCUGGCUGUUGUUCCCAGGGCAGGGAUGGCUGGUUGCAGAGGGGUGUCAGGUCAGGACUUACAGGUCUGUAGACUCGGCUGUGUUGAGGAGCACGUCAGCCUCUCAGAUAUGGCCCAGAUAUAGUGUAAAUAUUGCUAAUGCUGUGCUAUUUCAUGCACUCAAGUGUGACACAUAGAUGGCCUAGACCCUCUUCAAAAAAUUGUUUGAUUCUGUGCCUAGCAGUGAGCAAGGUGGUGAUUCCUGUGCGGACCCUGCUUAAAGUUAAGCACACGUGCAAAACAUCUUCCUAAAUUAGACCCGAGUCCCCCCUGCUGAUUGGUGCCCACAGGCACCAACUCUUCUGUCUAUAUGCAAGAGCAGCAGUCAGCUUUGCAGUGCAGAUAGAUGGGGAACAUAACAGGCUGGAUUCCCACCUACCCGAAGACCUCUUUAUGCCACUUUGGCAACAGAGAGGGGCCCUCAAGAAGGACUCAAGCUGUCCACGUGGGGUUCAGGGGGCUCAGGGCAACUGGCAGCAAGGCCUGUUGAUUGCAGCUAGGCAAACCAAGGAUCAUUGCCUCCAGGAUGUGGUGCUGGCAGCCCAGAAGCUGCUACGCAAGUGAGAGCUUUCCCAGGUGGAGGCCUGCCUAUGCUCUAAAGCCAAACCGCAGGACUUGAGAAGAUGAAUCCAAAUGGCAUCUGAGAGAGGGCUUGAGGCUGCUCACUUUCCAUAUUUCCCCAUGUCCAAGCUCCCACCACCCUGUGACAGCUCACAGUUCCCCGUCAAGCACUGAACUCCAGCUGGGACCUAGAACACCUUUAUGGUGAGCUCCAGAUUCAGAGGCAGGUCACUGGGAAAGGCACAGCUAGUCCAGUGAGUCUCAUCCUGUUGUUUUCCAGCUGACUUUGUCCGCUGGGCAUGGGACAGCAGCGAUCAGAGCAUCAUAACAGCAGCACUGAUGGGCAGCAGUGGUCCUGUCGUAGUAGAAAAUGGGGGCCUGUGAUUUUGUGGGCUUGGGAGCCAGUUUAAAUCAGCGCCUGCUCCCCGUGAGUCGAUGGCAGUCAGGGAGAAGAGAGCCAGUGCCGACUGGUGUCACCGGAGACCAGUUUCUGGUGACUAGGAGGAAGUGGAUAUGGUCACCUCCCAGGGGCAUGAUUAGGGUAAGAGUGAGCACUGUAGUGACUUCCAUCUGUGGAGCCAGGAUAAUGUCAGCGGGGGCUUUGCUUCCCAUGAAGGGCUCCAUCAGGGAACAUGGUGACAGCCAAGAGCUCUCCCUAGCAUUGCAAGUCUGAUUUCCUCCCCCCUCCACACUUGUUUUGCAGUCAGCCUCUUCUGACUGUGAUCCCAGUGGGACUCCCACCACCCAUCCCCGGCUGUGCAGUCCCCAGGGCUGUGUAGAGGUGUGAAGAGCUGCGCCCGGAGCACGGAGCAGACCAGGGUGGCCGUGGCGGUGGCUAGAGUCACGCCGUGGCAGCCUGACAUGCUGGGUCUCACUUUUAGUGCCAGGUUGUGGGGUUGUAGAUGCAACAGUCUGCGCGCUGCAGGGCACUGUAUUGGCUUGGCCAGUCUGGGGGUGGCAGCCCCAUGGAAGGGCCAGUUGGGGGGCAUUUCUGGGUCUGUGUGAGGCUGGGCUCUGUCUUCAGUCCCUUUACUCACACCAGGCCAGUAUCUCAGCUGAGGUAAAUCAAAGUAGCUGCCUUGCCUUGAAGGGAGCUGGGCCAGUGUGUGCCAGCCAAAGAACCAGACACCUGCAUAUCCACCAAGGCCCAAUACUGCACAAAGCUGAGCCCCUCAGUGCCCAUCAUAGUCAUCUGGGGGUCGAGGCAUUCAGCAUCUAACGCAGAGGCCUUGACUGAGUUCAGGUCUUGAAGGACGUCCACCCAAUAGGUAGGGUGAAGCCCACAUCUGCGAAGCAGGAGAUCUGGGUGACCUUGAGUCACUCCGCCUUUGUGUGCCUCGGUUUCCCCCACCUUGUUAGACCUCCCUCCCCCAACCUCACAGGGCCGUUGUGAGGACUCACUCAUUCUGGUGCACAAAGGGCUUUGAGAUCCUUGGGCACCAGGGCCAAGCACCGAGCACUUGCAGCUGUCUCUUCAAAGGAGUUCAGAUCAGCUUCCCCUGGGAUUCUUCAGGCCAUGCUGCAGAGAGAAGUCCCAGGGAGUGGCACCCGCCCUCCGAGCAGGCUGGGCCCAGGGGCCUGGGAGCUUUUUCCAUCUCCCACUACUCUGAGUGAUGCUCCAGCCUGAGUGAAAUCAAAGGUAUGUUCCCACUGACAUGGAUGCCACCCCCUUAUUUUAAGGGGUUGUCACAUGUGGUAUGCACCGCAGAGCUCACUUGGAUCUGUGUUGACCUCUACGGUAAACGUCUCCCGAGUCUAGGGCACCCCGACCAGGUCUCAGAGCAGGGCAGCCACCAGUCCACCUGUAGAAAGGCCUCUCAGUGCACAUCUGUCCCAUGGAUCGUUGCAUCUCGGAUCCUUUCAACGUGCAGACAGGUUUACGCACCUGAUGGGGGGCACGUGCAUGAAGAUACCACCGAAGUACCUGAAGCGAGACCAGCCCAAAAUCCAGCAGUGUUCAGGUUCUCAUGAGGGCUGUGGCAGGAGCCAGGUAGCCCUGAGGAUGUCAAACCUCAACCAACUGUGUGUUUCAGGUAGGGUAGUCACCUGGGUCCCAGUGACUCCACGCUUCUCCCAGGUGUGCUUCAAAUGACGCCAUGACCCAAAUGUGUCUGAACUCUGGCAGGCCUUUCCUUUAAACACCAGCAGAUCCAUGACUCCAGUCCGUUCAUCCCAUCCAGAGCUUCCACCAAAGAGCCUUGGGCUCAAUCUAUAGCUUUAGGGGCCACGGACCUUCUUGAGGAUAAGGGGAGCUUGGGAAGACUUUUCAUCUGAAAGGAGUGGGGCCUGCAGUCUGCUCUACUGAAGCAUCGCUGCCAUGUGUCCUGCAGCUGCGUCCCCUCCUUGAGCUGCACUCCGCUCCAGCCAGGGUUGCGGAGACCCGUAGAGCACUUGGAGGGUGCGCUGAUGGUUCAGGAGAUGGUGCUUAUCUUUGUGGGUCGCUGUGGAAGCAGGCUAGAGCGGUCCCGUUUGGAAGGGCGUAAGCAGAGAGCCCAAUCUGCAAGGGGUCCGGGGUAUUUUUUUGCAAGGGAGGCAGGAACCCAGCAAAACUCCCUUGUGACAAUGGCAUGAGAACUUGAGGCUGGAAGGAGUCCCCUGGGCCAUAGGCCCCUUAUUACAGUCCACCUUCUUAAAGCCCCCUGCCAUUUCCAUGGGCUGCCCUCUUCUCUGUCACUGCCUGUCCCAGACUGUGGAAAAGCAUAGUGCUAAAUAGGUACCUGCUUGUCCCCAGAGGUGGCUGCAGAAGGAAUCGUAAGACAAUUGUGCAUGAAGUGCUGAUUUCUUAUCCUUUCAGGGGAGAUCAGACCCCAUCUCCUACAGGAGUCUUUCUGGCUUUUUCUUAUCCUCACCUUGGUGUUCUUGCAACUUUCUUGCUUCAUCCAAUACGUAGGGUCGAGGUUGACAGCAGACGCCUGCGCUCAUGUCGGAAACAGCAUCUGUAACAAGGCCUCGCAGUCUGUGUGCAUGAAGCAAUAAGGGGAUCCCGUGCCGGGAGAAGGGGAUUCUUUGCCCGUCUCUCAUCUGGAUUUGCUAGGUGACCUUGGCAGGUGCUUUCACCUCUCCAUGCCUCAUGGGUGAAGCAGGGAUACUCGUCCUUAACGUCCUCUGGAUCCCGGUUGGGGAUCCUUGGACCACAGCAAAGUACAUGAGGUUCUCCUGGGAGUAACCUUUUUGAAGUCACUAGGUCAGACCUUUACUGGCGUGAGCAAACCUCAGUCAUUAGCUCCACUCUUUUACAUCAGCUGAGAUGUUGGCCCAAGUGAGUUAGGCUUGUACCAAGGUAGGGAGAAUCAGUCCCUUACCAUCGUGGGGGUGAAGGGUCCCUUGUGAUUUUUGCCCCUGUUGCUGAAAGAUGACGUGCUCUUAUCUGCUGGACUCCACAGCAGCAGGGGCCCAAAGGCUUUGCAAACUACCCGCAAAUAACACGGCUGGUACCGUGUGCCACAUGCCGCCCAGCACAGCUUUGCUUCCCCCAAUCCCCUGACCGGCAGUCACACCGAUCGCUGCCAACAUGAAUCUAGUUGCUAGCACAAAACGGUGGGGAAAUCCCUGAUGGUUUUCUGUGCGUGACCUGCUUAUUACCCGAAGGAGGAACCGAAUGGCGACUCUAUGCUGCUAAGUUCUACAGAGACAAGUGUACUUGGAUGUAAAUAACAGCCUGGUCCUGUAUAUACGGUGAUUAAACACACCAAGAAAAUUCUGUCGAUGUCUAUGUUGGUGACGGAUUGGGAUUUACAGUAAGAGCAGAGGGCGUCUCAAAGAGCUCCGAGAGCCUGGUCCUCGAAGAUGCCCAGUGCCCAUUCAGUCCUGGUAGGGAUAGGGGCUGCUCAGCAUCUUCCAGGAUCGGGUCCUCUCUGUCGUGUUGUGACGUGUCUUCGUUCUGCCCAUGGAUAGUCCCCCGGGGGACCUGAGGGUGCAGCCAGUGUGGAAACACUGCAGCAUUGAUCCGCGCCUUCCCCAAAGGCCGCUCAGACAAGGCCGGGACUUUCCUUCUCCCGGGGCCGUGGCACUCGGAAGAGAUGCCCAGAAGAGGGGCUGCCUCUUAGGCAUCCGGCUGCGGGUCUCUCCCCGAGGCACCGCAACGACCCGUGGUCUCGCAUUGAAGUGGCACUUUAGAGUUUGUCCGAGGCGGCGGCCUCUUGACCACCGUGACCAAAGACAUAGCAAGCGUGCGAGACCUCCCUCUUCUGAACCACGUCCUUUAUUCUGAAG